UUCCCUCCGCCCGGGGCUCGCGUCCUCCCUCCGCUCUCCUCUAUCCAUCCCUCCAUCCCUCCCUCCCUCUCUCCUCCUUCUCGCCGUCCCUCCCGCCCCGCUCCCCGGAGCUGAUGUCACGCACCCGCUGAAGGCGCGGGCGAUCAUGGCUGCUGCGGCCGCGGCCGUGCCGCCGGCCUCCAGCUAAUGCCCGCGAUGGAGCCGGCGAGCCUGCUGCGGUUCCUGCGGAAGCUCAAGGAGGUUUUCGAUGUGUGCGACGAGGAUGCGGACGGCUUCAUCCGUGUGGAGCACUUCGUCGCCCUGGGGCUGCAGUUCGGCCAAGGGGAUGAGGUGGAAAAACUGGCCAAGUACUUGGACCCAAAUGAUUUGGGAAGAAUCAAUUUUAAGGAGUUCUGUCAUGGAGUUUUUGCUAUCAAAGGCUGUGAAGAGUUACUAAAAGAUGUCCUGUCUCCUGAAAACUCUGGGCCUCGACACUAUGAGCCACACUACGUUGAUUACUAUUACCAGGGUGGUGAAAUCCAGGACUGUGCCUACUUGGACAGUGAAAGCGCCUACAGCGAGUCGGAGCUCUUUCCUGAUGACGACGCGAUGACUCUGGCACAGCAAGAGGUUCACCAUGAGUCUGACAUGGACAGUGCUAUUGAGAGCGCCCAGAGCUCGGAGGCCUCCGACGUGUGUCGGAGCGAGGAGAAGGACGGUGUGCUUGGUGGCCUGUUUCUGCCUGGUGACAAGUCAAGUCCUCACAACCCUUCUGCCGCAUCUGACCUCUCAACUUAUUCCACCGCCUCUCUGAUCAGUAAUGAAGAACAGUUUGAAGACUAUGGGGAAGGAGAUGAUGUGGAUUUUACUCCCAGUAGCCCAUGCCCUGAUGAUGAGACCAGAACCAACGCCUACUCUGACCUUGGCUCAUCUGUAUCUUCCAGUGCUGGCCAAACGCCCCGAAAAAUGAGGCAUGUUUAUAACAGCGAGUUACUGGAUGUUUACUGCUCACAGUGCUGCAAAAAGAUAAAUCUACUCAACGAUUUGGAAGCCAGGCUGAAAAACUUGAAAGCAAACAGCCCUAACAGGAAAAUAUCAAGCACAGCUUUUGGAAGACAACUCUUCCACAACAGUAACUUCAGCAGCAGUAAUGGCAGCACAGAAGACCUGUUCAGAGACAGUAUAGACUCCUGUGAUAAUGAUAUAACUGAAAAGGUAACAUACCUAGAAAAAAAGGUGACAGAACUGGAGAACGACAGCCUGACAAAUGGUGACCUGAAGAGCAAACUGAAACAAGAGAACACACAGCUAGUGCACAGAGUUCAUGAGCUAGAAGAACUAUUGAAAGACCAGGAGACAUCAGCAGAACAGACUCUGGAAGAAGAGAUAAAGAGACAUCGAGAAGCGUACAGCAAAUAUGAAAAAGAGAAAGGCACCGAAAUUGAACUGCUAAAUACAAGGGUUCAGCAACUGGAAGAAGAAAAUGGUGAGCUGAAAAGCACUGUCACACGGCUGAAAUCGCAAACAGAGAGAUUAGAUGAGGAAAGGCAACGCAUGUCAGAUCGGUUGGAAGACACUAGUCUGCGACUGAAGGACGAGAUGGAUUUGUACAAGAGAAUGAUGGACAAGCUGCGGCAGAACAGACUGGAAUUUAACAAGGAGAGAGAAGCCACACAGGAGCUCAUUGAAGACUUGCGGAAGGAACUGGAACACCUGCAGCUGUACAAGCUGGAAUGUGAGCGUCCUGGACGUGGGAGAAGCUCUUCAUCCAGCGUGAGUGAAUUCAACGCCAAAACCAGAGAGGUGGAAAUGGAGCACGAAAUAAAACGGCUCAAGCAGGAGAAUCAGAAACUUCGUGACCAAAACGAUGAUCUUAAUGGACAGAUCCUAAGUCUUAGUCUUUAUGAAGCUAAAAAUCUCUUUGCAACGCAAACAAAAGCUCAGUCACUGGCUGCUGAAAUUGAUUCUGCAUCAAGAGAUGAGCUCAUGGAAGCCCUUAAAGAACAGGAAGAGAUAAAUUACAGAUUACGACAGUAUAUGGACAAGAUCAUUUUGGCAAUUCUAGACCACAACCCGUCUAUCUUGGAAAUAAAGAAUUGAAGAGAAUAUGAGAAGGAAAAGCAGCAACUGCCUGAUAUUUCUGCACAUGCCACUGGAUAAACAACACUCUGAUACUGUAAAUUAAUCUAUAAAUAUAUAUAUACACUACGUGUGAGUGUGGGUGCGCGGGUGUGUUUUUAUGAUGUUUGGUACACUGUUAUUUGUCAUUGAAUUGGCUUGGUUAGACUUUUUCCAUGCACUUUCAAUACCUGUGAUAAGAUGGAUACUGUAUAUUAAUGUAAUAACAAUAUAACUGGAUCAUGCUGUUUUAGAUACUGGACAAAAUGACUCUACCUCUAGUUGUAAAGGUAAAAAAGACAAUGGAAACAUAUGGAUGUGGCCCUAACAAGGAGCAAGAAUUAUUCUUUCGUUCUUCCAGGAAUUUGGGUACCACAAACCAAUUAACAUACCCAGGUUCAGUUCCUGACUGGUGCUGACUGUGUAAUUUCCUAUUUGAUUUAAUUUUAGUACUUAAACCACACAUAGGAUUCAAAAAAAAUACAAAAACUUUGGGGAAAAGGAAAGACACAAAGUAAAAGGGAAGAAGAAGAGGAAAAUAUUGCAGAAUUGUUGCUAUUUGUGAAAAAUCACUAUCCACUUGUUUGCCACUGUCAGCACAAAGUGCUUUUUAUGUAAGAUCACUUUGGAGCCUGCUUUGGGAUGCUCUGAGCCAGCCUGCUUUUUAGCGUGUGUGCGCAUGUGUAUUUUUUAUGCCAAGGUCCCUGUAGCAUUGAGGCUAAGAAGCUCUUCAAAUCUCUUCCCCUAUUUUCAGGGGUUUAUCAUGGGCCAUUAAGAUGAAUUCUGGGAUCCUGCCCCUUCCCCUCACCCUUAAUUUUAAAGAUUUCACUGAAGGAACACAUUCUAGUUCUUACAAAAAACAGAAACGGAACAAAAAAAAAAAAAUUGCAUGAAAUAGCCCACAUCAGGAGGAGGAGGAGCAGCCCUUGAAAUUAUGUGUUGAGUUGCUUUCCCACCCCAGACACUGCAGUCUUUCCAGGUUGAUGUUUUGUGGACAAGCUGUGGAGAGGACCGGCUGGGUCCUAACACAGGGGUGGAGAGAAGUCUGGUGUGGAGUGACUUUUAUCUAUAGGGCAGGAAAAAAAAAAAAAAAAAGAGCUUGGUCUUGCAGAAGUUGCUAAUCCAGACCGAGUACACACAUGCAUAUCUAAAGCUCUGGCAAGGGAACACAUCCUGGUUUAGAUGAGCAGCAGUGCAGGUGCUUAACUUUAAAUGUGUACUGUGACUGCUCAUAGAAGUCAGUGGGACAGAACAUAAGUGUUAAAGUUGAGUGUGUGCUUAAAUGCUGCCUUAAAUAGGGAUGGACUUCAACAUGUGCCUGUGUUCUCCUGAGCUGGAUUUGUGUACUGUAGGGCUAGGACCUUUUUAAUUAAUAAUGUAGCUUAUAUAAGGAGCUUAUGGAAUUGUUUGGAUAGUUGAAUGGUAAAAAAUAAUUUUAUUCCAUGCACUUUUUUUAAAGAAAAAAUUUCACACUUUCAAUUCGCACCAACUGGCACAGAAAAAUAGGCCCAAGUAUCUGGCUUUCCCCAAUGCAUAGAGAUGUUUCUUCUACUCAAUACACUCCCCAGAAGAAUGUUACAAUAGCAAUGACUGUGCUUUUCUGUGUAUUUCUUGCUGUUGGCAGUGUCUUGCCCCUAGUAUUCUCUUGAUGUAUCUUGGUGUGUAUAUGUGAUGCAUUUUUCCUGAAUUUGAAUACAUAAAACAUGUAUUCAGUUAUGGAUGUAAAUAUAUAUAUAUUUUUCUGCUAUCUCUGUGCUCUUGCCUUCAGUGACAUGUUACUGGAGUGAUGGGAGGGGGGGGAAGUACUGAAAUCAGGCUUUUUUGAAGGCAAGAAAAUAAAAACAAUUUGUGUCUAUUUAUCUGCAUUAGGCAGGUGUAAAGUAACUGGAAAGCAAAAGGGACCAGAGGAAUAACUAUGGGACACUAAAUCCCAGCGCACAAAGAUGUCUGCUCUGGGAGAAAUGGUACAGUCUUGUUCAAACAGUGAUGUCUCAGGGCUGGUUUCCUGAGGCUCUAAGGUAAUCUGGAGGAAGGGAUUUAAAGUCUACUCCUUUGCCACCUGGGGAUGGUGUAAAAUGUUCUUUGCUAAAUUGCAGCAGCCUCUGUUUGUGGAGAAGCAGGUGGAACACCAUGGGCACCUUUCCCACCUGCUGCUGCUGCUUCUGGAUGUGCCACCCAGAAGGUAGGAGAGGAACAGUUAAGCCAGCUUGGUGCUACCUACAGCUCCCUGCCCACAGGACUCUUUGCUUUUGUGAUGGCAUUUCCCUCUGUGUGGUGCCAUUUGUGGGUUGUGCCAAGGACUUUGCUCUUUUUAUAGACCAUGAAGGACUAUUUCAAAUUGUCAAGUGGCUGAUACUAACCUGCUGUGACAAGCAGGGCUGGUGAGCCAGCAGCCCUGCUGUCCGACCUGCCUCGCUUGGUAAGUUCUGCUUCUGUCCUGCUCUCGUGCAGUGGGUUUAGAUAAGAGUAAAGCUGUUGCAGGUCAGACCAGUGACUGUUUAUAAAUAAUUUGAGGUAAACUGGACGUGGCUUCAGAAUUUUAACAAUCUAAAAACCUGUUCCUAUUAGGGUCGAACAUCAGCAAAUGUUGAAGACUAUUUAACUAAAAAUUAUACCAAGCACUUGGGAAGGGGAGAGCCUGGCUUACUUCAGAGACCACAGAGCCUGUGGACGCGAGCAGCAGACAUGAGCAUAGAGAUAGCCAAGUUUUUGUGCAGGUAACUAUAUGUAAGAGAUGAAUAGUCACUAAUUGUGACAAAUAGUCACUAAAUCUGGCUGAAAUCCUGAAGGCCACACUCUAGGCGGGGGUACCCAGCAAUGGAUUUUGUAAAGACUUGCAGGUUGUCUUGUGUAGCUCUGUACCCAGCUGCUGUAGCAUUUAGAAGCUGUUCCUUGCUCCAGUGUUUGCAUCUGAAGAGUUGUCUUACCACCAUGUUGGUGGUGUUUGUAGCUUUGUUUUAUUGCAUAAAGGAGUUAUACUCCACUCCUGUGGGGCCCUCGCAUGGUACUGCUUUCUAUUAUUGUUCAAAUACAUCUCCAGACACUUGUGAUGUUUAACAAAUAACAUGAGCUGGAGGUGGGGGAAGCAUUUCACUGGCAGAUACAUUUUCCUCUAAGGUAUCCACCUCUAAAAAUACUAAUUAGCAAUUAUAUUUUUAGACUGAAUAACUACAGUAACUACAGAUAAUAGACCAACUUGUCUUGCAGUCCAAGCCUUGGAGAACUCUUCUGUCCCAGAAAAGAAGUCAUCACGUUUUAUGACAUGCAGGUAACUUGGUAAUACGGGAUCACUUGAUGGGUCACUGGGGCAGGGAGAAGAGUAAUCUGGUAUCUAUGUUGCAGAGUGUGUAUUUUGAUCAGGCGUCAGACACGCACAUUGGCAGAACAGACGGGAGAUGUGGGAGAUAGGGAGGCACCGGAUAAAUUUAUUUCUUUACUGUGGGCUUCCUUUGUGCUCACAGGCCAGCUGGGGAAGUACAGUCUGUUACUGUUAGUGGAACAAUGGCUUCACUUCCCUGGGUAAAUAACUUCAAACACAGAAGUGUGGUACCAUCUCAAACGCAGUAAACAUUCUUCUAUCAAAAACGUGCUUCUCAUUUAACCCUCAGGGAUGCAAACACAAUCCGAGGUACUAUAUCUUGAUCUGCUCCUCAGUUUGUUCUACUGUAGGUUCUGAAAAGCUAAGUGAUACCCUGGUCAAACCAGUUGCAAACCGCUGCAGCUAUUUUUGUACAGUGAAAAAAAAAUUACUUGCUUCUGGCUAGAAGCUGUCCUUCAUCAGGCUAGUCCACCACACAAGCUACUGCGGAAAAAAUACCUCUUUCAAAACUUGCACUUAAGAGUACCUGAAAUGUAGUUUCUCGAGAUUUUUCUGAUAUUGACUGCUUCCCUCCAGACAUCAGUCUUCAGCUGCUGCCUAGUUCUGAUUCAAAACUAUCUUGACAUCAAAAGAGUAUUUUUCAGCUUUUUGAGUAACUUCUAUUAAAAACUCAAACUGUUCAGGAUUUUGUUGUGUUUUGAAGUGCAACAGGGACAAACUAACCAUCCCAUCUAUUUUUAAGGAGUUUUUAAUAUGCAAAUUUGUAGCAAGCCUCUCUCUCAAAAAAAAAAAAAUUUGAAUACACUUUUGCUGCCAACUUUCCUUCUAUGGUCUUGGGAGAGAUUCUGAUGUUUCUCAGCCAGCUCUGCAGGGAGUUGAACACAGCAUCAUUAAUCCUCAAAGAUAUGUGUAUCAACAAAUAUUUUGCUGUCUGAAUGCAGCGAUGCGCCUUUUACUUCAGUAAAACUGUGUUACUCUCCAGAAAGGAUCUCAGCCUGCAGAAUUUAGGCUCCCAAAUCUGGUUAGUAAUUGAAGGCUUGGAAACUAAUAUAUAAACAUACAUUGUGGCCUGCUGCAUCGGUCACUGUUCAGCAGUCGCUGCAUCGUAGUGCUAAUGACAUGAAUCUAAGUAGUAGAAUUUACAAAUAAAUGACUACUUUUUAUUCUUUAAUGGCAGUGAAUAUACAGUGGUUUUCUCUUAAAACAAAUACUGUAUGGUGUGGUCUGAGGGAUUUUUUCCAAGGAAGGAAGGAAGUAGCAGCUGAUCAAACACUUGCCAGAUCAGUGGCUUGGCUUAUAUUAAUUUGAGUGAAAACUGACUUGAACUUUAACUGAGCAGUUCCUGGACUGGUUCUGUUGUUAAGUAACAAUGCUCAUAUUCUUGUCAUGUCAUUUGUUACUCAAGGAACAUUGUCAAGAAGGCAUGACGGGAUUUCACACCGCUGAUUUUAAAGGAUAUAGUUCAACAGUUGCUGGCAUUGUGUUCCGUUGCAGCAUCCUCAGGGUUGUUUCCUCAGUAUUUUUCAAUCCAGAAUAUUGAUCCCAGGAGCAGUUUGUUGUUGAAGCAUGUGGCAUGUGUGGGUUUCUUAUCUAAUGAAACUCUGCAUGUGCUUUCAGAGUUUGUUAAGGAUUGCAGUAGGUGUUUGGUCUGUAUCCCGUAAUCCUGAACAAUGCACUGGGAGUUGCUCUGAUGUGCAAGAGAGUAAUUUCUUUGUGGGAUUCUUCCCCAGUAUGUCUUCUGUUGACAUUUACACUCCUGGUCUUGUCCCCAGCCACUGUGCCUGCUUUCAGAGUGUCUGUGUGCUUUGGGGCAGCCACUUUAAGCAAAUGGGAGGCACAAACACAAUAUUCUUGGCUUCAGUAUGGCUGAGCCAUGGCUUUAUACCAGGCCAGUCCUGUCCACGCCUUUUGUGUGCUCCUGAAGACAACGUGUGUCCUAUCUACCUGACAAAAUGUUGUAGCUGAUUCUUAUGAUGUGUCAGCACGUAGGGUGAGUAAGCCUGAAGUCCAUCCAAAUAAGGCAUCAUUGGGAUGUCCCCAUAAGCUUUGCCUGGAUUCUGCAUAGCUCUCUGUAGCAUGCUGUACUCAGACACUCUGUUUGCAAGGCACAGCCCUACUAGCUUUUAGCCCAGCCCAGCAAGCCUACCUUGUAGAUAAUGACAGCUGCCCAUUAAGAUAGAAACGUCUGCAACUAGGGUCUCUGUGCCGUAUUUGCCACAGUGUGGAGCCAGCUGAUGGUGUUCCGUUGUGUUCCUGAAACUUUUAUUUUUUAAAUUACGUUACCUGCUUAAGUCUCAAAGUUUUGUUGAACUAUGAGAGUAGUACCUAUUCAAACAUAUAAUAAAAGAGAGAUUACUUUUUACUUAAACUUGAAGCCUAAUGAAAACAUAUAUUAACAAACAUGGACAACUUUGGUAUAGCUUGGACACCUACCCCUAGAAUGUAGGUGUUGUUAGUGGUGCAGCUGUGACAUCUGAGCUUCCAGCUUUUGCAUCACCAUUCUCAGCAGAGUGACAUUCAUCCUGGCAAACCCUUGUAAAGCCCCUUGUGCCCUGGUGAAGGGCACAGAGGGGAUUGUUCUGGCAGACACACCUUGGAUAGACAGUGAGGGGUGCAGGAGGGCUGCAGUAACUCUUCCACCCAGAGAGCUGUAGCAGUGAUCUUACACUACUCAACAUCAGCCCCGUUUUAUUUAAUACCUUAUCUGUAGCUAAGUUAUGCUGGCUAUGGAGAAAGGAAGUCAGAAGAGGAACCAAGGAUUUCAUAUCAUGUGAACAUUUAGCAUGCUACAGGACAGUAAGUGUUGCACUGACAGUAUAUUUAAAUACUGAGAUAUUUUGGGAAUUACUGUACAAUCAGUUGUGGGAGCCAUUUGUUUUGCUUUGUUGCACAGACUGUACUUACAUUUUUUGCAUGGUUACAUAUUUUAGUACUUGUGCCUUCUCUGUUGUAAGGAUACGUUUUAUUUUCACAUUUAUCUCCUGUUUUGGGCACUUUUUAUAUAUACUUUUUCAUUUGAUCUUCAUCUCUGGUUUUCAUGUAAUGUACAUGUGUAUAUAUAAAAUAGAUCAGAUUUGUAUUCAUGUGCCUCUGAGAUGUAAAAAGUACUCAUUUUGUACAGGUUUUUUUAGAAGCACUAGAUCAUGGUCUAAAUUACGUAGCAAAUGAAACUUAACAUAAUUAGCAGUUCUUUGUCUUCUUCUAGAAAUGUUGUGUCAGAUGGCUGGUCUCUUUUGUAAAGCAACAUCACACACACACUCCCUGGAUUUAUUGUUCUAGUAUCAUUAUUAAUUCAAAAUAAUAAAACACUAACUGUUACGGUCCUGACCUAGCAAUUACAGUUUUUGUUCACACUAAAGCCAAUUUGCUGCUUUUUAUACUUGAAAUGGACAUCAGACCAAAAUCUCAUUUGAACACAUUGUCCGUUCCAGGUUAACUUUAGUUCUGGGAUUAUUUUUGUGGGAGUGGGCAAGAUUUACUUUGCCCAUUCAAAUGGAAAGAGAAAUAACAUUACCAAUUCAUAGCCUCUCCUUCUUAGAGAGGGUGAAAUGCUUUUGAUUACUUCUUCUGUUUUCUCCUUGGCUUCUGAGGCAGCUUUUCCUAAGGACAGAUCCCAGAUCUGCAUGACAAGAUCUUCCUCUUGCAGAUGUGAGGAAUUGGGUGUCUCACUUUUUGCAACUAUAGAAUAAACUCUUUCCCUUGUGGUUUGUAGCAGAGCACUCUCCUGCAGCAUUUGGGAAGCUAAGUAGAUGCAUCCUGAGACUGGGGCAUCUGUAACUGGCAGCCAGAGACCUGGUCCUAGAAAUCUUCGCUCUCACCAACCUCUUCUUGAGCUGCUUUCAUUUCUUGAGCAUUGACCCCCUCAUCUGGUGAGAGGCUUGAAUUGUUCCCUCUAUCGCACCUUGUGGUUUAUCAAUAUCCCACUCACCAGCCCCUGGACACUGUGAGAUAAUCCAUUGUGGUAAAUCACAAGAAAGAAAUCAUCAAUAUCUCGUAAAUUUCCCAAAACACAACAUUUUGAUCUAUAAAAUAAUAUACUCCGUCCUCAUGAAGCAGGAUUUUUUUAACUGAAUUUGGCACCCACUUGACAGAUUAUGCAGCUGCCUUAGAAGCAAGGAGGUGGUUUUAUUUUUUACUUCAAAGGCUGCUUGGUAUGAAAAUGAGCAAAGUCCACUCACUCCAUUGUUACUGAAAAAAGCAGUCAGCAAAAGUGGCAUAUGACUAUUUUUAAUCUCGUUCUGUAAUUUACAACACAAGUGAAGUGAUGUCAGUACUGUUGAAAUGUGCAAUUACACUAUUUUCUCUGUAUUUUCUUGAAAUACUUUUUCGGGACGAUAAAGCUGUCCUUGCUAAUGUGGAUCCUUUCAGGUAGCUGUACUGUACAAUCAGAUAUGUAAAUAAAUUAUUUGCUUUCCCUGCAUGACUAAAAA